UAGCUAGAGAAGUCAUAGCAGCACGUCAGAAUCGAAGAAGACGAGCCGAAGUGUUCUCGAUCAUCUCUCUCUCUCAAAAGAAAAAACCCGAACUCUGAUCGAUCCAACUCACCAGCGCGAGUUAAUGGCCAACGGUAAUCUACCGAGAAGAAUCAUAAAGGAAACUCAACGUCUGCUCAGUGAACCGGCUCCCGGUAUAAGUGCAUCGCCAUCUGAGGAUAACAUGAGGUACUUCAACGUUAUGGUUCUUGGUCCUUCACAAUCCCCUUAUGAAGGAGGGGUUUUUAAGUUGGAGCUCUUUUUGCCUGAAGAAUACCCCAUGUCAGCUCCCAAGGUUAGGUUUCUCACCAAGAUAUACCAUCCUAACAUUGAUAAGCUUGGAAGAAUCUGUCUUGAUAUUCUGAAAGACAAAUGGAGCCCUGCUCUCCAAAUACGAACAGUUCUCCUAAGUAUCCAAGCCCUUCUAAGUGCACCAAACCCUGAUGAUCCAUUGUCUGAGAACAUUGCUAAGCAUUGGAAAACUAAUGAGGCCGAAGCUGUGGAGACAGCUAAGGAAUGGACCCGUCUUUACGCAAGCGGGGCAUGAUGGAUUGGAGAGUGAAAAGAAGAUCUCAUUCAUCCAAAAUAACAUCAAAGUUAUAAAAGGCUUAUAUUUUACUGGCUGUCCUCCCCUCAUAAUGGUAAAAAUGUGUGUUUCGGCACAUGGAGUUGUAAUCUCUCUCAAAAUAUUGUAUCAUUAUCAGUAGGGUUAAGACUCGUUUAACUAUAGUUGAAACUUUUCCAAGCUUGGUUGAAUCAAACUAUCUUCUCUA